AACACAGCUAAAGUCUCGCGCCUGCGCGGCGGGCACUUGCCGGCACCAUGACGGAGCCUCGGCGCACGGAGCUCUCCUUGCCGCUGGUGCGCCGAAGUGUAAGCCCGAGCGCUGAAGAGGCAGAGGUGUCAGUGGAGGAUGGCGCAAAUUGCUUCUCAAGGAUCACCUUCAGCUGGGUGGGUUCCAUAAUCUCUUUAGGCUACAAUCGCGAAUGGCAGAGAGCUCGUGGUGAGAGUCAGGGCCCUGCGGCGCUCACCGAGGAGGAUCUUCUUUGCUUACGCCAGGACGACGUGCCACGGAAGCUGAGCCAAGAAGCACACGCGGCCUGGCAAGCGCAUAGUCCAUCGUUGAUCCGCUCCUUGCGACAAGCCUUUGGUGGUCCAUACCUCUUUGCCGCCUGCUUCAAGCUGAUUUAUGACAGUUUGCAGAUGGCGGGACCCUACAUCCUCAAAGACUUGUUGAACUACUUAAGUCAUUGCAAUGCAGGGAAAGGUCCAGCAGAUGAAGGGGAAUGUACCUUGGCCACUGGAAUGAUGUUUGUGCUCCUCAUACUUGGCAGUGCGGCAUUACAGACCACGGUGCUUCACCAGUACUUUCACCGGUGCUUACGCACGGGAAUGAGGCUAAAUGCUUCUAUCAUCUCGCUCGUGUACGGCAAGGCGCUUCGAAUCGCAGGUGCAGGCAAAGACGAGUCUGGGGAAGAGCAACGCACUACAGGGGAGAUUGUCAACUUGAUGUCCGUUGAUUCCCAACGUUUGCAAGACGCGAUGACCUAUAUGCACACUUUGUGGAGUGGCCCAUAUCAAAUCACCAUCACCUUGAUCUUCCUUUAUUUUGUUGUGGGUUGGUCCAUGGUGGCCGGUGUCAUGGUCAUGCUUUUGCAGAUCCCCGCCGUGACGGUCGUGGCGCGAUCCAUCCGACUGGCGCAGAGGAAGUUGAUGUCGAUCAAGGAUAAUCGCAUCAAGAUCACCAACGAAAUGUUUGGAUCCAUCCGCUUGUUGAAGAUGUAUGGUUGGGAAGAUUCUUUUGAGUCAAGGCUCGACGGCAUUCGUGAAAAGGAGCUGAAACAGUUGCGGACGUAUCAAAUCCUCCAGAUCAUCAGCUCAGCCAUGUGGGCCACUGCUCCCAUCCUCACAGCUUUGGCCACCUUUGCAGUCUACUCUGCAAGCUACGGAGAGUUAAUGCCCGCCACGGCCUUUACCGCAGUCUCCCUUUUCAAUGUACUUCGCUUUCCUUUGACGAUGUUUCCGAACACCAUCACCAGUGCGGUGGAGGCCAAUGUUUCCGUCAAGCGCUUGGAGAAGUUCCUGGUAGCCUCUGAGAUCAGUGGGCGGACCAAUGAUCCUACUGGAGAGGCGGUGGUUGUUCAAGAUGCUGAACUCAAAUGGCCCAAUGGCACACCGCUCCUCUCUCCGAUGAGCUUCGCAGUGCCUGCACCGGUGCAAGGUCAAAGCAAGGCUCAUUUGACCGUGGUCUUAGGAGCUGUUGGCACUGGAAAGUCAGGUCUACUCCAGGCUCUUAUUGGUGAUCUACAUCCAGUGGCUGGGCAGUUGAAGACCUCUGGCACGAUGGCGUACACCCCACAGGUCGCAUGGAUCCGAAAUGCCACACUGAAGGACAACAUCAUCUUCAACAGCCGAUUCGAUGAGGACAGAUAUCAUGCAGUUCUGAAGGCAUGUUGCUUAUUACCUGACUUGGAAACCUUACCAAAUGGUGAUCUAACUGAGAUCGGUGAGAAGGGAGUGAACCUCUCUGGUGGACAGAAACAGAGGAUCUCCUUGGCAAGGGCCGUUUAUUCGCAGGCAGACCUCAUGCUCUUGGACGAUCCCCUAAGUGCAGUGGAUUCACACGUGGCUCGGACCCUGCUGAAGAUGUUUCAGAGCCCCCUGCUGGCGAAGUCAUCCAUUGUCCUCUGCACUCACCACAUUCAUGCUGUGAACUCGGCCGAUCAAAUCAUUCUGUUAGCACGAGGAAAACGCGAGGACGAAGAGAGUGUUGCCAACGGACGUGUUGAGGUUGCUUGGACAGAAGGGCAACACUUUUGCAGCAGCUUGUACCAACUUAGGUCAAUAAGCAGCUUGUAGUUUGACACAACCCCCACGCUGGGUUUGACUGCAGCUGGAUCAGCUGCAACGGCAAGGACCCUCCAUGUUCACCGGGCUCGGCCAGUUUCUGUUUCGGCGAAGAUUCUUUCUGCUCGGCCCAGGACGGAGAGCCGGGAGAACAAGAUGAUGAGCUUUUAUUGCAAGCUGCAGCUUCAGCCCAAGGGCCGGCUGCCCAGGUAACCUUCUGUGGAUCGCUGAAUGAGUUUCGAGAGAAGUUUCCCAAGUUGGCAGCGGGGAGCUCCGAAAAAGCCUUUGAGCGUCAACUCUCGCGGCAGAUCUCGCACGAAGAGACGCUUCCAGUUGCUGCGAAGGAUAAGGAGACGGGGCCUGGGCAGCUGGUGC